AUGCCCCGCGAGACAGCGGUUCCCACGCGCAUCGUGAAUGGCAACAACGAUGGCCACAUUCACCCACGGGAGAAACGGUUUGCCAAGCGUCAGCAGAAUUUUAGGCCUCUGGUGUUAUUUAGAAAAAGCAUUUUAAACAAGUUACGCAGUGAAAGGUGGAAACCGAUAAACGCAUUUAACGUUCCGACCAGCAGGAGACGGCGCGUGAGGCCCGCUGAAACCGGGCCGGUGCGCGCCGUCACGUCCCCUCGGGACCCUCUGUUGGUUCGUGGCGCGAGGGGCACCUGCAAGACCGCGGCGCCCCGGGAAACCCAGCCGCCAACUCGCACCUCCGAGGUACUCAGACUUUCAGCAGAAAAGUGUGAUGUUGAUAAAAGCUUCAAAUUUUCUUGCAUUUCAGAUCGCCUUUAUUUUGCAAUUCUCUGCCAAAAACCAAAGAGUGGAGCUGCAAAUACCCAUUAUUUCUGCAUAGAUGAUGAACUUGUAUAUGAGAACUUCUAUGCAGACUUUGGACCACUCAAUCUGGCAAUGGUCUACAGAUACUGCUGCAAGCUAAAUAAGAAAUUAAAGUCAUUUUCAUUGAUAAGGAAGAAAAUAAUUCAUUAUACUGGCUUUGAUCAGAAAAAACAAGCAAAUGCUGCAUUCCUCAUAGGCUCCUACGCAAUAAUAUACCUGAGAGAAUCCCCAGAAGAUGUGUACAGGCUUAUACUGGCUGGUAGCAUUUCGUAUCUUCCUUUUAGGGAUGCUUCCUUUGGUACUUGCAGUUUUCAUCUGACAUUGUUGGACUGUUUUCAUGCAAUAAACAAGGCUUUGCAAUAUGGUUUCCUGGAUUUCAAUACGUUUGAUGUAAAUGAAUAUGAGCAUUAUGAAAGAGCAGAAAAUGGAGAUUUUAACUGGAUAAUACCAAACAAAUUCAUUGCCUUCAGUGGACCUCAUUCAAGAAGUAAAAUUGAAAAUGGCUAUCCUCACCAUGCUCCAGAGGCUUAUUUUCCAUACUUCAGGAAACAUAAGGUCACCACUAUAAUACGCCUCAACAAAAAAGUGUAUGAUGCCAAACGAUUUACAGAUGCUGGAUUUGAGCAUUUUGACCUCUUCUUUGCUGAUGGAAGCACACCUAGUGAUACUAUAGUUAAAACAUUUCUGAAUAUUUGUGAAAAUGCUGAAGGUGUUAUAGCCGUUCAUUGCAAAGCUGGUCUUGGACGAACUGGCACACUUAUUGCCUGUUACAUUAUGAAGCAUUAUCGGAUGACAGCUGCUGAAACUAUUGCCUGGAUUAGAAUAAAUAGACCUGGUUCAGUGAUUGGACCACAACAACACUUCCUGAUGGACAAACAGGCAGAACUUUGGACAGAAGGAGAUAUUUUCCAUGCAAAGCUGAGAGGAAACCGUAAAAUUGCUGUAACAAGAAUUCUGUCAGGAGUAGACGAUAUUUCAAUUAAUGACACAAAAAACAGGAGAGCUAUCCGAAAGGACAUUGAGCUGUACAGUGAUGAAGAUGAAACGAACUGUGUAACACAAGGUGAUAAGCUUCGUGCUCUGAAAAGUAGAAGGCAGACAAAAGCUCCAACUGCAUCUCCGCUAACCAGCCAAGCCGUCUCAAGGACUAGAACAGUAUUGCGUUAA